AUGUAUCGACACCUACGCAAGCUCGGCCGAAGGCGACCCAGCGACUACGACGGCAGUGGUGUAGGCGACGAAGAGGACGACACGUCGGCCUCUACCGCCCGAAACCUGUACGAAGCACGCGAUGAGAACGACAGCUCCUCGACCUUGUCAGACAGCUAUCGCUUCGCCCUCAUCGGCGUAGAAGGGCCCACCGACUGCGUCGGAGUAUCGGAGCCCGAUCCAGCGGUGCUGCGGAGUAGCAUCGCGCAGUUCAUGGUCGAACUGCUGCAGAACCUGGUCGAGUCGAGGAGGGAGCCGACGAGCAACGUCGUCUUCUCGCCACUUGUCGUUGAGACCACGCUGGCGCUUCUGUACUCCAUGGCAGCGGGGCCGACGGCCGAGCAGAUCGCCAACGCCAUGCACAUACAAUGCGCAAAGAUAGACUUGCAGAAACACGUGUUGCGUCACGCCUGCUCCCGUCCCACCGUGUUCCGGCCCUACUUCACGCUCAACAAUCGCAUACAGCUGCGUGCCAGGCCACCAGAGGACACGUCCGUCAACGACCUGCCGACGCUGGCCAGGGCCUUCGAUGUGGACCUCAAGUACGUGAGCUUCGCGGAGGACGCGGCCGGCGUGCGCGAUCGCACCAACGAGUGGCUGCACUACCUGUCGGCGUUCGAGUGCGGCGACGUGUUUCCCGAACACUCGGUGACCGACACCUCGUCCAUGGUGCUGGCCAGCCUGACGUACCUGCGCGGCGACUGGAAGUGGCAGUUCCGCCUGCAGGACACCACUCGCGGAACCUUCCGCUCCUCGCCGCACGUCCCGCGAACGGUGGCCGUCAUGCACCAGUCGGGCCGGUUUCCCGUGGCCGAGCUGGCCGAGAUCGACGCGACGGCGCUGGAACUCAAGUACCGGCGCCGGGACAAGUCGAUGAUCAUAUUCCUGCCUCGCCAACUGGACGGACUAGCGCUGCUGGAAGAGAAGCUGACCGGAGACCUGCUACUGCGCUACGUGAACGAGAUCAAGGAAGAGCGCGAUGUGGCCAUCAGCUUGCCACGCUUUUGCGCCAAGCAGGUGAUUAAUAUGAAGGAUACCCUCUCCUCCAUGGGCAUCAAGGACGUCUUCACGGGCUUUGCAGAUCUUUCGGGAAUCGUGGGCACCAAGGGCUACCACGUUUCCCAGGCGAUGCACUGCGCCGUGGUAUGCGUCAAGGAAAAGGGGCAGAAGCUGAUGACGCCAGAAGGGGGAACCGAGCUGAAGGUGGCCGAGUUCGCCGUUGACCACCCUUUCAUGUUCUGCGUGGUGAGCAGAAAUCCGGACGCCAUCUUACUCAUGGGCUCCGUGAGAGAGAUACAGCAGCCCUACAUCUGA